CGACAAGACUUCUCCUCCAAAACAAAUGGCUUCACCGACAAAUGUGCUCUUAGGGACUUUCAUGCUGUGGUGGGGAUGGUUGGGCUUCAACUGCGGAAGUACAUUUGGGAUAACUGGCAUGAGAUGGAAGCUUGCUUCAAGGUAUUUUCAAGACUUUUCUCAUUCUUCUAGUACCGCACAAAACUUUCCGAAUUUUAAGGUACAUAAUGUUUUGCUAGGCAUUUUCACCCUUCCCCUGAUUCCCCGCUUCUUCACACCUUUUUUUUACGGUAUAAAGAGCCCUUUUUUUAAUUAUACUUCCACCUAUUGGUCAUCACACUUGCAAGAGGUUUUAGAGUCCUUCAGCUGUUACCUAUCUACAGCGAGAUCUCUCCUGAACUUGUUAAAACGUCUGCUCUUCUAGCAACCGAAAUACGCGGAUCGUAUAAAUCAAGUCUCUUAAAGUAUAACUUAUCACGUUUUGUGUGUUACAUAUACAUUUUCCUGGAGAUAAUUUAUGUGGUUUUAUUUUGCAGAAUACGCACUAACACGUAUUGUGAAGUAUUUUGAACUAUUUCAAUCUUAACGGUUAAUUAAAUCUGCCUUAUUUUUUUCUAGUUAGUGUUUGUUUCUUUAUUAGUGGCUCAAGGCCAGUCAUGCAGGAUUUCGUCAACAUGGCUGUUUUCCUGCUUUGGCCUUUUGAGUGUUCUCAUACUUGAAAUUGAUGCUUAGCUCGCAAAUUUCUAGCCGAUCGCAGCCGUGCAGGUUCAGUUAUACCAAAACAUUACCCACACCGAGUUUGCCUCUUUUUCAUUCUUGCGGUCAGCUAACCCAAACUUUACACAUUUUUACCAGAAAAAAGAAAAGAAUACAAUGAUGUAAAAGAACACUCUUGGUAUAUCUUCAGUUCUUGAUUAGUGAGAGAGUUUUGUAGUAUUUUAUUCCAGUUAAGCUAGUUACUUCAUCCUUUUAAUAAUAUAUAUAUAUUUGAAUUUUCGUUCUUUAUUUCCUUUUUAUACCAGUUUUGUUUCUGAUGGUAACCUUCCUCUUAGUGAUGAGCAAGUAUUGAAUAGGGAAGGGGAAAGAGCAAUAUCAAAUAAUUCAAUUUACGUAAAAACUUGUUUGCACUAGGUCAGCGGUCUUGACGAUAAACGGAGCUAUUGGAGGUGGAAUUGUUGGAACCGCCUACAGGUACGUGGGAAGUUCCUCCCAAAGCUCACAGAUAUGUCCAGGAUCGAUAGCUAGAAAAAGUUUUAUUUUCAUUUUUCUUUUAGCCCCUGAAGGAGGUUUGUUUUCAAACCGAAAUAUUGGGCAGUUUGUUUAAAUAUAUUUUUUGUUUUAUUCUUUUGUUUACUUCUUCAUCGCCUUGCCGUAAGGAUCAGUUUGCCGUUUCACAUUUUUCUACAAGGUUAAUUGUACUGAUCCAGGUCUACAACUGGCAGGUCUGGCACCACUCAUUGGUUUGUUGCUGUGGACUUGCUGACAUUUUAUAUAUUUUCGAUAGCUAGACCCUAUCAUAAAGUGUCAUCAUUAAAUUACCUUUUGCUUCAAAUUGGUCCAAAGUAAUUCAGUGUCAAUGAAAAACUGUCCAGUCACAGUGCACGUGAAAAUCGGCGCACGCGAGGGGAAGCAAGGCACGUAUUUUAAGUGCUCUCGCGUUUUUUCUCGCUUAACUAUCCCUGAAGAAAGUGAGGGACUAUUCGUAGUCUAGGCCCAGUGGGGGAGUAAGGGGAAGGGGGGGAGGGGGGCGGAAGGCGGUUUGUGGAUUUCAAGUGACGGGGAUGAUCGAAGGAUUAUCUUUUAUAUCUGAAAUUUUCGAAUCCGGAAUUUUUCUCUCCCCAAUCCGCCUCCCUUUUUCCCUUCCUCCCAAUCCCCAAACUCUUUCGACGCCUGCUACGUAGGCUAAUUUCUAUUUUCGUGUUAUAUCAUUUAAUACUAUAUGGAGAUUUUUAAGGUUCGGAAAUUCAACAUGGUAAAUUUUUUUUGGUCAACUUUUGGUCCAGGGAUUUUUUUAUGGGUUUUGUUAAAAACCCUAGGGAUUUUUAACAAAUAUGUUCCAUAAAACUGAAUAAAUAUUUGUUCGAGAUACCUACGUUUUCAAAACUUUUAUUCUUAUACGAUGUUUUAUUAAGUUUUAUCCACUCAUUUAUUUGAUUGAGGAUACUCGCAGUUGCCUGUUUUCUUGCAUGAUUGGUUGUAAGGCUAGUUUCAAUUGUUUGUACUCUUUAGUUACGUUGUCUACAAAAACAAAUUGGACAUACCUUGCUUCGUCACUGGAAUCAUAUCAGGUCUCGUGUCCAUCACCGGUUAGUGAGUAAAUAA